AUGUUAUCCUCAUCGCUAAAGUUUGACAUUACUACUUUGCGAUCACUAUCAGCACUUGCUUCCUCCUCCGAUAAUCCUGCUCAUCAUUCUUACACUAAGCGUGACAAUGAUUCUAAUGUGGAAAUUCCUGCCAGUGGCAGUAUGUGCGACUUAUAUGGAGUCCUUGAAGCUGUCAAUUCACUGUCCAGUACCCAUGAACCAACUGACUCUGAAGCCAGCCUUGUACUUGAUCUCGUAAGAGCAAAGCGAGAUGUUUUCCGAGCACAGAAGACACUUGCAGACUGUGUGCUACAGGAGAAUGAGGUUUCCGCGCGUCUACUCAAGUUUCAAGCAGCAGCUGUUGAGAAGAAAAUCAAUGAGACGGACAUAGGGCUGGGAUGCAUGAGGAUUAUUUUUAAAGAUUGCGGUUGGUCUCACGUCGCAUUCAGCCAUCCACCACAAGGACAAGGUUGGUCAAGUGCGCAAGAACCAUGGUUCAAACCGGACUUUUGGUCCGGUUCUCCGCAGUUCAGUCCAUGGUUCUCACGCCAGCCAGAACCGGACCGGAAAACAGUUCUCGGUUCUAGAUCUUCCCAAACGGUCCAGUUCUGGUUUGACCUUCCCGAACCAUUCCAAACCCCGAACCCAUUGUCGACUUCAACUUCAACUACGACAACGCUACUUUUAGCCUUUUUGAAGUUGACCGUGCCGCCACCACCACCACCACCACUUGCUGCAACCACUACCCCACUCCAGCAACAACCAGUGUCUAGCCCAUGUGCCCAGCACACGCCAGAAAAUGCUGGUGUGGCUAAGGCGAAUGCAGACGACACUUUGGUGAAGGAGAAAGGAAGACGCCAGGGGAAAGAGAAAGGAGAAGAGGAAUGGGAGAAAGAAAGUUGUCGAGGAGACGAACAAGGCUCAGCUGUUGCUGUCGAACACAUUUUUUCCGGUGGCUGUGAUACUACCUCUCUUCGGCGUGCUAGCUGUAUCUCACCCACCGUCUCUCACCCCGCUGUCUCUCACCCGCCGCCUCUCACUCGAGAUGCGCAGCUUACUUCAAAUUGCUUGUCUGGAUCAGAUGCCGCAGGUUCACAUUACCCACUAACAUCGACGAUCGAAUCAGUUAGCUCUUGGAUCAGUGGCUACAGAGGCAUAGAGUCAUAUGUAGCCAUGUCAUUGGAGUAG